AUGUUUGGUCGAUUCAUCACAUCCCUAUGGAGUACUAAGAACGGAUACUUGUUAUGUCGGAGGAGAAUGGCUGGUGACGAGCGGGACAUAUACGUCAUAUCCACCAGACUCUUGGAAGCGGUCAAACCGAGGGUCAAGCUUCUACAAGAAUUUCUUGUCAUGGUUGGGGACGGUCCCAAACUCAGGAACACGAAAACUCCCACAACAAGGUCACUCAACCAACCUCGAGAUCCCAACAUCUGGAAGGAGACAAAUGCGAAUUAUCGAAAUUGCAACAUGGAAAAGUUGGCCAGCAGGUUGUCGAGAAGACAUGGUUUGCCAUGUUUUCUGGGGUCGCGACUCCAUUCUUCAGACCAACAUGGCAUUGAUGAUUUCGAUGGCAGACUGAAAUCCUCGAUCUUUACUCAAAGUCUCCGCCACCGAUACCAAUUUAGACAAUUUAGACCUUCAUCCACACCACCACAAUCAAUGAAGAAUUCUGCACAGGCAAGACAGGCAAGGACAAAAGCUGCCAGGUCAGGGUUUACUUUUGCUCAGUAUCCACUGACUGCGCCGCGCUGA